AGCCGCCGCCGCCAAGGAGAGCAGAGAAUGGCUCCCCCCACAGGUAGCGUCAUGGACGGCCAGUCUCGUUUUUCUGUCGCCAACCGCCUCCGGUGGGACCUGACGGCUGAGCAGAUUGACAGGGCGACGGCGGAGCUCAUCGAGAAGACCAAGCAGGUGUACGAUGUGGUGGGCGCCCUGCCGCAGAGCGAAGUCUCGUAUGAAAACACCCUGAAGGCCUUGGCGAAUGUGGAGGUGGAGUAUACAGUUCAGAGGAACAUGCUGGACUUCCCUCAGCACGUCUCUCCGUGCAAAGACAUCCGCACGGCGAGCACCGAGGCCGACAAGAAGCUGUCGGAAUUUGACGUGGAGAUGAGCAUGAGACAAGAUGUCUAUCAAAGGAUUAUCUGGCUCCAGGAAAAGGUGGAAAGUACCUCCCUGAGACAAGAAGCAAAGAGGUACUUGGAGCGCCUGAUAAAGCUGGGCAGAAGGAGCGGGCUUCAUCUUCCACAGGAGACUCAGGAGAAAAUAAAGGCCAUUAAGAAGAAGCUGAGUGUGCUAUGCAUCGAUUUCAACAAAAACCUCAACGAGGACACAACCUUCUUGCCGUUCACAAAGGAAGAGUUAGGAGGGCUCCCCGAGGACUUUUUAAACUCCCUGGAGAAGUCUGAAGAUGGGAGGCUGAAGGUGACCUUGAAGUACCCCCAUUAUUUCCCCCUGAUGAAGAAAUGCCACGUGCCAGAGACCAGGAGAAAGAUGGAGGAGAUGUUCAACUCCAGAUGCAAGGAGGAGAACUGCCUGAUCCUGAAGGAACUGGUGGAUUUGCGGGCUCAGAAAUCUGCUCUCCUGGGCUUCAAGACGCACUCCGACUUUGUGCUGGAGAUGAACAUGGCUAAGAAUUACAAGACAGUCAUGAACUUCCUAGACGAGCUGGCUGUGAAGCUGAAGCCCCUAGGGGAGAAGGAGCGGGCCACCAUCCUGGACUUGAAGCAGAAGGAAUGCGAGAAAAGGAGCCUCCCGUUCGAUGGCUGCAUCAACGCCUGGGAUAUGCGGUACUACAUGAACCAAGUGGAGGAGACCCAGUACAGCGUGGACCAGAACCUGUUGAAGGAGUACUUCCCCAUGCAGGUGGUGACGGACGGCCUGCUAGAGAUCUACCAGGAGCUCCUGGGUCUCACCUUCCACCUGGAGGAGAACGCCCCCGUGUGGCAUGAAGACGUCCGGCUCUACACAGUCAAAGACAUCACCUCCAGGAAGACCAUCGGCAAAUUCUACCUGGAUCUUUACCCACGCGAGGGGAAGUACGGUCACGCCGCCUGCUUCGGUCUCCAACCCGGCUGCCUUCUGGCCGACUCGAGCCGCCAGAUAUCCGUGGCAGCCAUGGUGGCCAACUUCACCAAGCCGACGCCGGAUGCCCCUUCCCUGCUGCAGCAUGACGAGGUGGAGACGUAUUUCCAUGAGUUCGGACAUGUUAUGCACCAGCUGUGUUCGCAGGCUGACUUCGCGAUGUUCAGUGGGACCCACGUCGAGCGGGACUUCGUGGAGGCGCCAUCUCAGAUGCUAGAGAACUGGGUAUGGGAGAAGGAGCCUCUGAUGCGCAUGUCCAAGCACUACAAGACUGGCAGACCCAUCCCCAACGAGCUCCUGCAGAAGCUCAUGAAGUCUCGCCAGGCCAACACAGGGCUCUUCAACUUGCGGCAGAUUGUUCUGGCUCGGGUGGACCAGGCCUUGCACACGCAAACGAAAGCCGACCCUGUGAAGGAGUACGCCCAGCUGUGUGAUGAAAUACUGGGUGUUCCUGCAACACCAGGUACAAACAUGCCGGCCACCUUUGGCCACUUGGCCGGAGGCUACGACGCCCAGUACUACGGCUACCUCUGGAGUGAGGUGUACUCCAUGGACAUGUUCUACACACGCUUCAAGCAGGAGGGGAUCAUGAACUGUCAGGUGGGUAUGGACUACCGGAACUACAUCCUCCGCCCGGGGGGCUCGGUGGAUGCCUGGGACAUGUUACGGAAGUUCCUGGGCAGGGAUCCGAAGCAGGAUGCCUUCUUGGCCAGCAAGGGGCUGAACAUGGAACCCAACAUGCUCCCUUCAGCGUGCUGA